AUGGCCUCCCGACGCGCUCUCCGCUCCCCAUGGAGCGUGCGAUCCCUCUCGAACCAGCUUAGCACAUCACCGUCUCCCGUCUCUCGUCCCUUCGCAAUUGCAUCGCGAUCCAUCAACACAUCCGACUCGUCCGCUGAAAGCAAGACCACGCACUUCGGCUUCAAAACUGUCCCCGAAUCCGAGAAGGCCGAUCGCGUUGCCGGCGUCUUCCACAGUGUCGCCGAUUCAUAUGAUCGCAUGAACGAUCUCAUGUCUUUUGGCUGGCACAGAGUAUGGAAAGACCACUUCGUUUCUGGCCUCCAGCCAGGCCUAUCAGCCUCCAACCCCCCGACUCCUCAGCACAUUCUCGAUAUCGCCGGCGGCACUGGCGACAUCGCCUUUCGCAUGCUUCACACGGCGCAUAACCUCAACCACAAUCCUGACGUGCGCGUCACCAUCUCCGACAUCAACCCCUCCAUGUUGGCUGUCGGCCGCGAUCGCUCUAAGGCCCUGCCCGCCUCCCAGCAGGCCGCCAUGUCUUGGCUCGAGGCCAACGCCGAGAAACUUCCUGAGGGCGCCAUCAAGGACAAUUCGAUCGACCUGUAUACUGUCGCCUUCGGCAUCCGAAACUUCACCAACAUCCCCGCCGCUCUGCGCGAGGCCUACCGUGUGCUCAAGCCCGGCGGUGUCUUCGCCUGUCUCGAGUUCAGCAAGGCGGAUAACUACCCUCUCUUCAACGCCGUUUACAAGCGCUGGUCUUUCAGCGCCAUUCCCCUGAUCGGUCAGCUUGUCGCUGGUGACAGGGACAGCUACCAGUACCUUGUCGAGAGUAUCGAGCGCUUCCCUAGCCAAGAGGAAUUCAGGGAUAUGAUCAAGGACGCCGGAUUUGUGGUUUCUGGUGAAGGCUAUGAGAACCUCACGGGUGGCGUUGCGGCCAUCCACAAGGGUAUGAAGCCUGUCGCGUAA